GGAAAAGCCCGCCAUUGCUGCUGCUCGCAGUGGAAGAGAAAUGCGACAAGAAGAUUGCAACUUUUGAACAACUUGGAAAAAGUAUAUUUCGAAGCUAAAGGAUAAUUUGGCUGAAGCUGAACCAACUGACUGAUUUACGGAGUCUUCUAUCUGGAGCUACGAGUGCUGGUACAGUGAGCAUUUGAGGUCAUUUGAGUUGACGUCCUCAGACAACUUCUCUGUGAAUCAGCUGUCACAGCUAAAUGAUACAGACAUGGCAGCUCAGAUCUUCCUACUUCAUGUCCAUACCUCCAUGGACAUUGUCAGGAAGAUGACUUUAUCUUCACGCCCAGAAUCUGUGGAUGAGCUAAAAACAAUGAUAAAAGAAAAGUUGAAGCUAGACUAUGACUUUAGCCUAUCAUACCAAGAUCCAGACUUUGACGGGCAGUUAUGUUCCCUUGUAGACAUUGAGGAGCUUCCACAGAAGGCUGUACUAAAAGUUGUUAGGUCUGAGAGUGAUGCCAGUUCAGUAGCAUCAGAUGACACAAUAAUAUUGCCCCAUGCCAUCACUCCAGACAGGACUGAGAGAUGGCCUGAUGUUUUUCCAGUGCCUGCUUUUUCCUACGAGGUAGAACUCAUACUCAGUGACGGAAGUGUUACAUAUGAGAGGACAGGGAAAACUGUUAAGUUAUCUAGGGGACAAAAGCACAACAUACUUGAGACCAUAGCAGCCAAAAUGCAUAGCUUCAAAGCAUACCCCAACGAUUAGGAAUUUUCACUGGUAGCCGAAGCGCUUGUCUCGAAGCAUCCUUGUCUAAAAGAGCCAGGCUCUCGGACAGGAUGGUAGGGUUGGAAAAAUAGUCUCAAGUUUAAGAUGGGGAACUACCGCUCUAAGUUGACUCGGGCAGGAUUUCAUGAGGUAGCUGGGAAUUCUGGAAAGAGGAGUAGAAACAAUCCAGACAGACAACCACCCCACACUAACAUCAAAAGACCAAAGAGGGCAGAAGUGAAUUUUCUCCCUAAUUUCCCAAGAGGUGAAGAUGGUGCAAGUCUUGAGCAAUUCAGACUACAAAUUGUAGAUGAAGUUCAGAGGAGUGACAAAAACCUUACCCUGAUUGCAAAGUUAAUGCAGACCACCUUUGCCCUGCGGCGCAAAGAGGUCAUCAAUGAAGACCUACCUGUUGGAGAGAUCCUGGAACGCUGGCCUGCCCUUAAAAUAGAGUCACAGGUCUGUGCCGAGUUUCACAGAAUUGCAAACAUCAACCUGAAGAACCACUUCUAUGCAGAGUUGGACCGACAUGCUCCCCGUCUUCAGAGCUUGUUCAGGAAGAAAGCUGCACGCACAGGGAAAGUAGCUGAUGUUCUGGGUCAGCUCUUUCGCACUUAUGACAUCCAGGAACAAGUUGACGUCCAUGUCAGACGUGCUGCUGUCCUCCGUGCACUUCCAGCAUAUCUACAGGAGGAUGACUCCGGAUUUGUGAAGCAGUGGGAGGUGUCACAGUCUGAUGAACCAAACAUUGACGACCUAUCGGUUGGGCUCCUGUUGAAAGUCUUGAUGGGCCUAGAUGAUGGAAAGUUGAAGCCUAGGGUGUUGAGCCUUAAAAAUGACCUGAUGAAAGUGGAGUAA